AAGAAGAAUGAUAAAGUUUGGCCAAUUAUUCGUACACUUUUCUGUCUGCUAAUUCUAAUUUUCUGUUUUGUGCGUGUAAAUUUCUGUUAAAAUUUGCCUACUGUGUCUACUAUUGGACCUUUCAUCACGAUAACCCUGGAAGCAAACUGGAGCAAGUGUCCUACCGAUUUGACUUGCAACGCGAGACUCGUUUUACGCAAAUCAGCACUGCAUCAGCGAAAAAUUGUAUCGAACAAAAAUUCGCUCCACACCUCAAUGACAUGAUAACGAGCUGCCACUCCAGAUGAUUUGUCUCGGUAACCGGAAAUGCUCAAAACGCUUGCCCUGCGAUGCUUUCGCCGAUACAAGGUGUUUUUCCUGAUUGGAUUGCUUAUCGUGGGAGCGCAAAUCUUUCUCGCGUAUAAGCUCCUCAAGAUUCCCGUAUCCGGCACCGGUAGCGAUGAGGAGCGAGACCUCAGCAAGCGACUGUACGAGAAGUACGUCAAGAAGGUAGCGGGUUCGAAUUUGUCUGCCGACGAUGAAGAUCCGGCGGGAAAUGCGCAGCAGCAGCUGUCGCACGUGGCCCCCGAGAAGGGAACUGGCGGGCGGGAAAUUAGGAAAGAAUCCGCCGGCAGAACAUUUCUCAACUUGAACGAUCUGGACUUUGUGCCCCCGUGUGAUCUUCACAGCAAGGAGACGAUUUCGGCGAUUCACCGGGCACGAAGUCAGCACUGCAAGAAGCAAAUAGUGGAUAUCGCGUGUGCGAUUCAGAGUGGCUCAUUCUACCCGCAACGACUGCCAAACUUUUGCCCCAAUGGCGAUUUUGUCCCGAAUCGCGAGCUUGGGUGUUAUCGGGAUGAGAAGAAUUUUAGAAUCUUAUCUGGUUAUUAUACGAAUUUCAAGACGACAAAUUCUCCCAUCAAGUGUAUUCAGUUAUGCUUACAAUCAGGAUUUUUGUAUGCCGGAGUUCAAUAUUCGAGCGAAUGUUUCUGCGGUGAUGAGCCACCGAAGGCAUCCGCAAAGCUGCCAGACUCAAGCUGCAAUAUGAAAUGCACCGGUGACCCGAAGCAAGCAUGCGGCGGGUAUUUUACGACAAAUGUUUACGAAACAGGAAUUGCUAAAUUCAGUCCACAAACGACGGAAGUGACUCCGAAAGCAGGGAAGGAACCUGUUCGAAUAGCAUUCCUGCUUACCCUGAACGGUCGGGCGCUGCGACAGGUUCAUCGUUUGCUGAAAACUUUGUACAGUACAAGACACUACUACUUUAUUCACGUUGAUGAGCGUCAGGAGUAUCUGUACCGAGAAUUGCUAAAGUUGGAGCCGUUCUUUCCCAACAUACGAGUUUCACGCAACCGAUGGUCCACAAUUUGGGGUGGCGCAUCACUUCUGCAAAUGCUACUCUCGUCCAUGGAACAUCUGCUGAAGGAAACGCCCGACUGGGAGUGGGAUUUUGUGAUGAAUCUGAGCGAAAGCGAUUUUCCCGUCAAGACGCUGGAUAAGUUGGUGCGCUUUCUCAGUGCCAAUCGGGGAAAGAACUUCGUUCGAAGCCACGGUCGCGAAGUGCAGCGUUUUAUUCAAAAACAAGGGCUGGAUCGGACGUUUGUGGAGUGUGAUAACCACAUGUGGCGAAUUGGUGAUCGAGUGCUGCCUUCCGGUGUGCAGAUUGACGGCGGAAGUGACUGGAUCUGUCUGUCGCGAGAUUUCACGCAGUACGUAACGGAGGGAAGGGUAGGGGACGAACUCGUGGAGGGUUUGUUGAUUAUAUUUAGACAAACGAUACUGCCAGCGGAGUCGUUUUUCCACACGGUUCUGCGUAAUUCCAAGUUUUGCAAUAGUUAUGUGGACAAUAAUUUACACGUGACGAACUGGAAGCGAAGACUGGGCUGUAAAUGUCAGUACAAACAGAUAGUGGAUUGGUGCGGAUGCAGUCCAAAUGAUUUUAAGCCUGAGGAUUGGGUGAAGCUGUACGGCACCGAAUCGAAACAGUUUUAUUUCGCGAGGAAAUUCGAGCCAAUUAUAAACCAAGAAGUGAUUCUGCAACUGGAGGAAUGGGUACACGGGCCGUACCCAGCGGAUUAUCCAAAUCUUCACUUAUAUUGGCAGAAUUUCUAUCACCUAGAAGACAAAUCAACGCCAACAGACGGAGCGUUGUUGAAUGUUGUGUAUAGCAUUCUCAGAUUGAUUGCCAAUGGUGAGCAGAAACAAUUUCAGGAGCCUUUUCGGAUACGAGAGUUGAAUCACUUCCUAGACUACGAUCGCUAUAAAGGAUUUCUUAUUUUGUAUGAUGUCGCAAUCGAUGGUCAAAAUUGUCUCUUGGAGACUCGAGUUCAGCCUAAUAACACAGCUCAGGUGUCCAAAUCUGCUCCCCUCGGUCGGCGGUUAACGCAGCUGGAAGUUAGUGGGGAUUUCGAUCAGAAAGAGCAAGUAUCGCGAAACUUCCAGCGCACCAUUGGAACCAAUUCCGAUUUAGUAUUAAUAUUUCGCCUAGCCGGAUCACGUGCGAAUAAAAAUGUUACUAGUUAUACACUAACGAUUCUGUGGAUGGACCCUCGUGGUAUUCUAGCCGAUUCCAGCGAGCUGACCAUCGAAGAUAAUCCAUCCGGUCCGCUAGAGAAUUUAAUACAUUUCAGCAAGGCUGGCAAUCUGAAACAACCUCUUCUGACAGGCGUUUGGACCGCAAAGCUGGUCCACAGAAAGGUUCUUCUGGGGGUCACCCGCUUUCUGGUGGUUAGCAGCCUUCCGCUGGCUGGCACCAAUCAAACAACCAAAGAGCAGGAACAGGAGCAGCUAGAUAGAGUCAGUUUGGAACUAACCCAGAUUCAAAAACGAAUUGGCUAUUUGUGUCAGAUGUGAACAACCAGCUGUCAAAACCGAGGAGUGCAUCGAAGAACAAAACACGAUAAAACAAAUUUACGCAAGUGGAUUGUUUAUGUCAUCUCUAAAAGUACCCAUUCAGAAGAAAAAACCAUUUUUCGUUUGAAAAAAAAAAUAACGAUCAACUGAAAUGGCAAAAUGGUCCACUAAUUACCUUUUUUACGUUCUAUUGACUGCAGUCUCUAGCCUCUAAAAGACCAAUUUAGAAAAAAUAACGGUCUUGAAAAAAGCGGACGCGUUCGAUGACAUCGUCGUCUGGUUGCUAACUGGAUGGCUGCCAAAAUCCCAAAAUUGUGAUAGGAGCCUAGAAAUUGAUUCAGAUUGUGCAGUGAAUUGAAACUCCUUGUGAAAAAGAAUGAUCGCGUCGAAGCGGAGGAAUGAAAUUUAUCCGUAUCGACUAGAGGUGGGCAAAACAGUUCACUUUAAUGAACCGUUCAGUGACCAACCUUUCACUUAAGUGAACUAGUUCUUUUGAGCAGUUCACUCACUCUUUUGUACAGUGGCGGAUAUGUCCGAUGUUUGUUAAAAAUAACUUAGCACUAUAGGAAAUCAAACUUUGAUUUUGAAAUUUUAAUUUUGUUUGAGUCGUUAUUCAUUAUUUUCAGCAUAAACUAGCAUUGUGCUGCUUACGUUGUAUUGCAAUAAAUGCUAUAGCAAAACUGUACCCAAACCGCGAACGUCCAUCUCAAAAUUAUCGAGCACAAUAUGAUAUAAUAUAAAACAUAUUUCAUAUUAGCGACGCGAAUUUUACUGUUUAACAAGACUGUUUAAAUCAACUUUCAGCUUUCAACUAUAUUUUAUAAGUGAGGUAGAUUGGCAUAACAACUUACUGAAAUAUUUACCCUGAACUCCAAAAUAUGAAAUUUGAUAAAUAAUUUAACAAUCCAAUUUAAAACCAUCGUAUCCUGAACCCAACAUAAAAAAACGCAACAAGCGAUUUUAUGAUGCGACAAUACCGACAUAUUAUUUUUGUUGUUUCAUGGGGCUAUCGUUUGUUUCCAUCCGUUAAUUUAAGAACUAUUUACCUUGCAGCACCAUUCAUCUAUCACUCGUUCGUUUUCUUUCCUCUUAUGCACCGCUUACCGUGCACAGUUCGUUCUGAACGGCAUGCACAGUUCUGCCAGCGGUCAGUUCGUUCUGAACUGUAUUAUCAGUUCAUCAUUCACCGUACACAGUUCGUUCUGAACUGGGUAUACCACCCGGGUGACCUCUUUAGAGAACCCCUAUUAAACUGACAAGAGCCAACAUAUCGAGUUCCCCACUGGCAUUUUCCCUUUGUUUUCGGCCUGAAUUGGGUUCCCCACUGACAGUUGUGCUUGAGAUCUUCUUAAUGAUGUUAACCUCAAUCAUAGCACCCGGCUGGGGUAUACAGUUCAUAUGAACUGUUGCCCAGCAAAAAAGAACGGCAGUUCGUUCACUCUUUUGGGUGAACUCGUUCUUUUGAUCAGUUCAUGAACGGUUUGCCCAUCUCUAGUAUCGACUACACUGAGAGGAAAAUUUAGUAUAUAUGACGAUUUUUUUCGUAAAUGUUACCAAUUCGUUAGUCAUUUUCUACCCUACUAAUCAUUGGUAUAUCUUACAAAAGGAAAUUGGUAAGCAUUAUUUUUGUAGGAUGGUGGGCAUGUUGGCCCACCAUUGGAGCAGCAUCAGUGAAAACGUUGUUUUUUAUUUGUAAGAGAUAAUGAUAAGGGAUAAUGACAUUAUGUUGUUGAUAAUUAAUUCUUAUUUAAAAAGCUGUCCUCAAUCAUACAUUGGGCCUGAUUCUCGAAUACACUUCACGGUGGAAACGAAAUAAACGGCACGCCAUUGAACUACGUUUUACGAGUUAGUGAAGUGUCGAAGAUAAUGAUGAGUUUUCAGGCAAAAUGAGCACUUUUCAAAUAAAAAAUCAUUAAUGAAAAUUAAUUUCUUCGUAUCAAACUGGUAUCCAAUGUGAGUGGAAAACUUUUUUUUCUUCAUCUGGUAUAAUAAACUCAUACAAAAAUUUCAUCUGAAGAUAAUUUGAUAUUUUUUUUUUAUCCCAUUUAUUUAUUUAUCAGGCUCAUUAGCAUUUUUUAUCUGUAACAGAGCCGGGUUUUUAUCGUGUACAUGUACAUAUGUUUAUGUUUCUAUAAAUUGUAAAUUACACAGUAGAAGUUGUAGCCAUUUAGGCGUUAGGUUUUCUGUUCCAUUACAUUAUGGUAAAUUACACUGUAGUAGCCAUUUAGACGUAAGGGUAUUCUAUCUGUUCUUCCAUUGUUCAGCAGACCGGACAGCGGAGACAGUUGAUAUUGAUCAUUGUUGGGUUAUUUAUAGAACAGCAGCCCGAUGUUUCUUGCAGAGCAGAGCAGUUGUAUGGAUGAAUCGAUCUUUGUUCCACCGUGGACCGAUCUCCAUAGCUGAUGAUGGUUGCUUGGACGUAGUUAUUCUAACAACACAAAGAUGGUCAAUUGAGGGCCCUGAGUUUGAACUCACGAUCGAUCGCUUAGUAAGCGAACGCGUAACCAAGUGGCUACGAAGACCCCCUAAAUAAUUUGAUAUUAUAAUGAUAAGUUUAGUGGGAAACUAAUCUCGUAUCCAGAUGUCGACACCGUACCGUUGUCAUCGCGAAUACGUUUCAUUCCGUUUCCACCGUGAAGUGUAUUCGUAGUGUAUUCGAGAAUCAGGGCCAUUAUCUUUUACACAGUAAUUUCCUACAUCCUACAUUCUACAUCUAAACAUUGCUCGUGCAGAUUUAAUCGCAGUUUCGACCGAAUCAAUCUCAUAUGUUUUUUCACACCCUCACUCAUCAAGGUUUUGCUCCUUUUACUGUUGCACAUUUUCAUCCUUUAGGACAGGAACAACUGAUUAGUUGGCAGUUGAUGGGACCAGAUCGCAGUACAUUUCAUCCGAUGAAAUAUAUGUGGUUACCUGAGAUUUCUUUGUGUUGCACAUGCUCAGUCUAAUAUACAUUGAAUAGUCAACUGUGCAAUUUUAAUCCAAGAUUAGAAGCUGAAAAUUAAAAGGGAAAGGAUUGUGUUGAAGUUUAUUUUAUAAGAUUCGGUGUAUUAAGAUUUCAAUACAACGAAUUGAACUUUUGUUUUUCCGCAGCGAAAACAAGUUCUCGAUAUCUUUGUGGUCGAGAAUAUGUUUUCGCCGAAGAGAAACAAAAGUUACAUAUAUUUGAAUCUAAUAAAAAUCAAAAAAAAACUUACCUCCGAAUAGCUUUGUUUCAUCAAGAGGAAUGACGACUGCGAAGUACGCACAUUACAGUUCCUAGAAAUGAAAACAAUCAAGGUUACACAUGCUAUGAAGUAAAAUGUACGAAUCUUUAGUAGGGAUGUGUAUUGCAUAAGACAUCCGUUUUACAAAGUUUUGGUAAUAUUUACGAAAAAUGCGUACAUUUUACCAAUGUUUCAACUACUAAAGAUUUGGUAGUUGCAUUUACUAAUGUUUUCCUCCAGUGUACCAGGAGAAUCACACAGGGGUUGGGCUUUCGACGCAAUGUUUCGCUUCUCUUCAGGCUUCCAUUGUAUCGAGCGCAUGAAUUGCACAUAAGGGUAGAGACUCGUAAGAUUAUGUGGGCCUCUAUGGGUGUAUAAAUUCGUUUCCUUAGCCAAAACCUUAAGCCUUAAGUUUUAAGGAUUAUUUAUGAACGAGUCAUUCAGUUUUUAUAGUCAUGUAAUUGAGCCUCUUCAAAACAGAAUUAUUGAUUUUUCGAUCUGUGAGACCGUAUGCGCGUUAACUGACCUAGAUUUUCUAAAGCUCUACUCCGUACGUUUAGACGGAAGGCACUACGGAUUACCUGUGGUGAAGUGAUACUCGAAUGGCUGUAUGAUUGAAGCACGCGGAAGAAGACCACCAGCCUGGAGAAAUCAUUUAGCAAACACGGUUCGAAUCUUCUUUCUCUAUCUUGAACUAGCAAGCGGUAGCAAUAUACCUUCAGAUGACGCAUUUUACAUGUUUUUUUCCGUAUAUUGUUUCAGUUAUUCUUAUUUUACCGAUAGUUCUAGAGAACAGUCCAGUUCUUUUAAGUCAACGUGCCAUCCUCGCUAAUAGUAUCAUUCAAAAGGUUACUGUGUAUUAGACUUUUCCGUGAUUCCGAUGGAAACAGAAAUCAGCAGAAUUCAACCAUAUUGUUGCUUACCAGUUUUCAGGGGCAAAUCAAUAAUACAAAUUAGGUCUUUGCAAUCCAUUCGUCACGAAGUAAACCGUUUCGCUUCUCUCAACAUUACUGUGCCAUUUUUAUCAAGUCAUGCUACUGUAUUUUGUUAAGGAAAACAUAUAUCGACCUGCACGAGGCAUGUCUUCUAGCGAUAAGGUUCUAAUCAAUAGGAAUUCUAGGGUAAUACGAUGAAACCAAAACGAUCUUCAAAACUGAUAAUAGUAAUCUUUUUUUUUAUCAAAGAUACCUCCCCUCCACAUUUUCUUUCCUGUUAGUAUCUGAAAUCGUAAUCAUAAGCGUGUAUAAUCAAUGUAAAUAUACAUUUGACAAAAGUAUUAAGGGGCAUCUCGAAGAAAACGGAAAACCUUCAAAAUAGUGAGCUACUUUUAAUUAUACUCCUUCUCGCCAUUCGUCAGUUGAGAUAGUAAUGAAAUUAUAACAAUAAGAUUGUUUGAAAAAAGUAUUCUGUUCAAAUAUCAGCAAUAAUUGUUUAUGUAUUUAAGAAAAACAGUCAAAUUGUUAUCAAUAAAACAAAUCAUGUAUUUUCAA